CUGACUUUGAUGAAUCUAAGUCUCCCAGCCUAGAACAGCUGGAUACACUGAAAGAGUUUGCUGGAAUCCCUGCCGGAGCCUCCGCUCCCGAAAGCCUUGCUACUCUUGCCUUUCUUUAUAUGUGCCUGGCUAUUUCGGCUAAGUAUGGAGAUGUUCCGAGUGUGGACAUACUGGUGUGGUCUGAACUGCCCACGGGAGCUGGGCUGGGUUCAAGUGCUGCCUAUGCCGUUUGCUUGGCAGCAGCCCUGCUGACAGCGUGCAGAGCCAUCUCGUGCCCUCUGAAGGAGGGAGAGUCCACAGCCAGGUGGACAGAAGAAGAACUGACUUUGAUUAACAGCUGGGCCUUCCAGGGGGAGCGGAUCAUCCAUGGCAGUCCCUCGGGUGUGGAUAAUGCUGUUGGUACCUGGGGUGGAGCCCUGAGAUACCAAUCAGGAAAAAUCACAUCAUUAAAGAGGGUGCCAACACUGAGGAUCUUGCUGACCAACACAAAAGUCCCUCGAAGCACCAAGGUCCUGGUGUCUGGUGUGAAAGAGAAAAUCCUGAAGUUCCCUGCUAUAAUGAACCCGGUGCUGGACUCCAUCGAUGCAAUUUCUCAGGAGUGCCAAAGUGUUCUGGAAGCGAUGCCUGCAAAUCCAUCACCGGAGUAUUACCCUGUGCUGGAGGAACUCUUUGAUAUAAACCAACACCACUUAAACGUGAUCGGAGUUGGCCAUCCCUCCCUGGACAGGCUAUGCCGGGUGACAGCGUCCCACGGCCUGCACAGCAAGCUGACCGGGGCUGGCGGGGGCGGCUGUGGCAUCACCCUGCUGAGACCAGACACCUCCCCGCUGGCCGUGGAAGCAGCCAAGCGAGACUUAUGUGCCUGUGGAUUUGAAUGCUGGGAGACCAAUAUCGGGGCCCCUGGAGUGACCCUGCACUCCCCCUCGUCUUUAAACGCCAAAGUGCUGCACGCGCUCUCCGAGAGUUAA